UAUACAAAGAUGACAGGUUGAGGGAAUCUCGUGACGGAAUCUCGUGGAUAAGCUCGGCGUGUAUGGAGGGAGCGCGUGCUGGGUGGAGACGCUGGACACCCAUCCUUGUCGCUCGGUACGAAGUAGGGAGGAAGAUUCCUCUGCCACGCCGUCGUUCACAUUGCUGCUGCAGACGCGCUUAUUCUGCUGCAGCACCACCGGCGAGCCCAUCUGCGGUUUGGUGGAUUUGCCAUUUUGCAGUGCAGCACCAUCGGCGGGCAAGCGCUCAGCGCAGGUUCACUGCCCGCUGGCCCUUGUCUAGAACGACACCCGACCCCGCAGCAGCUGCUCGAGCGAGCGAGCGGAUCUGGCUGGGUGAAGCCUCGGGCGAGCGAGCUUGAACCCGACUGCUCCAUCCGCGUGCGGCAGGCAUCAGUCACUUCUCUGUGUCUCCUGUCUGCAAAUCCGGGGUACUGUCUGCCUCUGUGUGUGUGCCACUCUGUAUAGUUGACCCGGACAGAAGAUAUAUAUAUAUAGCGGAUGAACUAGAUAGGGCGCUAAUUAAAACUAUGUCUGUGAUGAAUGGUAGCAAGCAUGCGCAAGUGUCACCUGAAUUUGCAGACCGUGGUUUCUGGUUGGGGACAUUUUGGGCAUUCUGGGAUAUCUGCAUCAUCCCAGGGUGGUCAAACAACAUCAACUGGAGGUCAUGGCGACGCUUUGGAUCUUCUCAAGUUACUACCUGAUUGUGAUUGCUUGGUUUGCCGCAGCGCAACUCUUUAUCAUCCUUAUGACAUGCCAAUUGGCAGGAGGAUCAGAGCUCAGGGCUGCAGGAAGCAGUUGCUACACACAAGACAAGACCACCUGGCAAUUCAGUUUCCCUUUUUCUUUUCAUUUGCCGUUUAAUUUCAGAUUCUUAGAUUUUUUUUCCUUCUUGUUAUCGGUCGGUCGAUGCGAAUGCAUGCGGUGCUUGUGUAAAAGAUUCGGCGCUCUUUCUUCUUAUGCAAAAAGAUUCGACAGCAAAUAAAAUAGAAAUCCACCAGGCACAAUCCAGUUUUUGCCAAAGAGGAAGUAGCAGUAAUGAUACACAAACUUGAGGGCCUCUACAAUAGACUGAAUUUGACUAGCAACUCGAUUACCCACUUGAGAGCCAUUUAUUUUUCUAAAAAGGAACAAACUAUUCAUCCCUGAAACUCAUGUCUCUGAUUAAAAUCCUAGGAUUCUUUACCCUAUUCCUACCCACAAAAGAUAGAGCAUGUUUAUGUCAUUAUUAAUAUAUUUUUUCUUUAUAACUGCAGAUUUUCCUCCACCCUACUAAAAAGUAGCAACUCGGGCACUUUCUGUGUCUGAUAACCGUGUUCACUGUUGGCCACUGUGAAGAACAUACCGAGAUUGACCUCCAAGGCUCAUCUUCGUGCAGCAUAUCACAAGAAUUUUUGUACUUCAUCGCUUCUUCGAAACUUGCUUAGUCGAAAAGAGAAGGUACCAUACAUGUUCUUCAACACAUUGACAUCCUCUGGCUCUUACCAUCUAUAUGUCCUACUGCAUGCACACUAGGAACCACUAGUUAACAGAAAUAUUAUUUGCCUUGCAGAGCUUCCUCAAGGGCGUUUUAUUUUCUUGUGCUGCUUACAGGCUUACAACAAUGGCAUAUGUGGUUGGCAUAUAUAGUCAACACUCUGAUUACUCCAAUUUACCAUAUCGUCUUCAAGCAUGUAAUGUACCCCUUCACGGCUAGCAGAAACGUGAAGCAUCUCAAAGAAGCAGCCGAGGGUUUGAUCGCCAAGGGCAACGAUGUCCGGUAUGAGAUUGAGAUUGCCGAGAGAAAUGGCAGGACAGCAAAGAAUGAAGUGCGGAAGUGGCUUGAAAAUGUGAACGCCAUCAAGUCUGAUGAAGAAGCAAUUAGGCAGGUGUAUGACGAGAGAUGCCAAGUUUUUGGGUGCAUCUCUCUGAAUUGCUGGUCAAACUACAAAAUCAGCAAGAGUGCUGAAAAGGAGCUUCUGAAAGCCCAAGAGUAUGCCAAGAUUGACACUAGUGUUGUCGCAAUCCAGCCACUGCCACCAUCAGUCCGAGAAAUGCCUGUCUCAUCCAGUGGAUUGCCCAGUGAAGAGCAUAAUAUGCAGGAGGCUGCCAGGUGCAUUAGGAAUUCUCCGGUUGGAAUGAUUGGGAUAUGGGGUCUAGGUGGAGUGGGAAAGACUCAUCUUCUGAAGAAGAUCAACAACUCAUUUCUAGGAGACUCUUUCUUCGAUGUUGUUAUUUUUGUUACAGCCUCAAAAGAUUGUUCAGUGGAGAAAAUCCAAGCUGAAAUAGUAAAGAAACUCAGCUUAAGGAAAGAGUCUCAAGCCAAUAUCAUUUCUGACUUGCUGAGCAGGAGGAGUUUUCUUGUACUGCUGGAUGACCUCUGGGAACGGUUGGACUUGCAAGCAGCUGGUAUCACACAUCCUCUUGGAGCCCUUUCAAGAGAGCUUGUGAAGGAGCUAAAGGGCCUGCCCCUGGCGUUGAUAGCUACCGGAAAGGCAAUGCAUCCAAAGAAAGAUCCAGGUGAAUGGGAAACAGCUAUUCGUCUACUGCGACGAUCUGGCCACGAUGCGGAUGAUCCCACGUCUGUGGAGAACACAAUUUACUUCAAGUUAAAACUUAGCUAUGAUAGCUUAGGGAAUGAUACCAUGAGACGUUGUUUCCUGGUUUGCUCUCCAUGGCCAGAAGAUUCUCCUAUUGCUAAAGACGAUCUGAUCCAGUGUUGGAUGGGCUUAGGUCUGCUUAAUAAAUGCGACAUGCAGACUUCUUACAGUGAAGGCUACAACAUAAUAGGUCACCUGCAAGCUGCAUCUUUGCUGGAAGGUACUGAGGACAGUAGUAAGCACCUCAAAAUGCAUGAUGUGAUCCGUGAUAUGGCGAUAUGGAUAUCUUGCGGUUGCGGUGAAAACAAUAACAAAUGGGUCGUUCACGCAGCGAUCGGCAAAACUGCGUCUAGAAAGUGCAUCCCUUGGAACAGAGUGGAGUAUCUGUCAAUGAUGGGCAACGGACUGGAAGAGCUUCCAUAUCUUGGUGGUGGCGUGAAUGAAAAUAGUAUGGGCUGCAGUGUCAGAUCCAAGUGUUUUCUUGGUUCUGGUUCCACAGAACUCAGGACAACACUGCUUCUUCAAGCUAAUAAGUUCAACGAGAAGGCACUUGGAAAUAUUUACCUCUUCACUUCAUUGACAUACCUAGAUUUGAGUCAGAACUACAUUCGUGUUCUGCCUUUAGCAGUCUGUGCUCUGGGAGAUCUAGAGUACCUCAACCUGUCAUACAAUUACAUCACUGAGUUGCCCAAGGACCUUCGACACCUCACCAAGCUCAAAUUCCUAUACCUAAGAGGCAACCCGAUACACACUGUACCAAAGGGCACCAUAUCAAGGCUGCAGGAACUGCAAGUGCUUGACCUCCUGUCGUCCCAGGUCUCGACACACGCAAACUAUACUCUAUCAUUGUUCCCAGAAUUGGACUUCCUGGAUAACUUGAAAGCUGUGGAGAUCGGGGUCAAAGGUGACGCGGCAUACGAACUGCUAGGCAAGUUCCCCGGCCUCCCUGUUAGAUCCAUCCAUCUGAGCAGGCUGACAGGGACACCAACAUUCUGCUUCCUGGAUGGCUGCUUCUCGAGCUCCUCGGUGCAAGCGAGCUUAUACGACCUGACGAUCUACAAGUGCUGCAUGCAGCAGAUACUGGUGAGAAGCGGCACGGAAGGAGCAGUCUCCCAGUUCGACGUGCUCAGAUCGCUCACGCUUGACAGCCUGCGCAGCCUGAAGGGGAUCAUCUGGAAGAGAGUGGUCCCAGAGCCUCUUUUUCCGAGGCUGACCUACCCGGCAGUCGUGCACUGCCAGAGUCUUAGGCACAUUUCAUGGGCCAUGCACCUGCCUUGCCUCGAGAGGAUCCUGGUGAACAACUGCGGCGGCAUGAAACAGAUCGUUCGGACCAAGAAGAAGGACGGCGGUGCUGGGGAAGAAGACAGGGGGCAAGCACCGGUCCAUGGCUUCCCUUGCCUCAAAUACCUUGAGCUGCAGAGCCUUCCCGGGCUGUCGAGCCUCUGCGACCCCGAGGUGACAUUCCCAUCCCUCGAGACCAUGGAGAUAUCCUUCUGUCCAAAGCUGAAGAGGCUCCCAUUCCUGAUGAGAACCGUGCCGCGGAGGCUGCGCAACAUCAGCGUCCCCCUUGUCCAGAUGAGGUGGUGGGAGUCGCUGGAGUGGGUCGAGGAGGGCGUCAAGCGUGCCGUACAGCCUCUUGUUAACUCGGACAUCACAGACCAGCUGGAGCAGAGUCCUAUUUAGUGUAUUUGGUUAGUAUCCUGAUCACCAUUUUCUUUCUUUUCAACCGUAGUUGAAUGGAGCGAGUUCCAUGCUGUGGCUGAAUGGAUAUGCAUCUCAUCUCCUUGACUUGGGGACUAUUCUGCCCAUACAGGAAACCUUCAGAAAUACUUGACCAGUUCUUGGAUUGAAAAUAAGAAAUGGUAACUUGAUAGACAUUUGUGUCAUCCACAAACCAUAUGAUUUGAUUGAUGAUCAUCCCUCCGUAGUUCUGUGAAGACAGAUAUGGCACGGUGGGUUCAGAUGAAUACAACUGAAGACCCUUUCUUAUUCUCUCCCACAGCUCAUAAAGAGCAGGGUUUAA